AUGGGCUGGGCCCUCACUCAAGACCUCUCCCGUACGGAUAUCCCAAACACGCAGUUUCUUGUCUCUAGAUGUUGUGGCCAACAAAGAACCGUUGUAGUUAAACGAGAACGAUGUGACCAGGUCGGUGUGCUUCAAGGUGAUCUCGUCCUUGCCGGUUUCCAGGUUCCAGAACUUGACGGUGUAAUCCAAAGAGGACGAUGCCAACACAUUUUCUGCAAUUGGAUGAUAUUGUACAUGUCCAACCUUACGUGUGUGACCACUCAGCAGCUUGACAGGCUUGAUAUCCUUGAUAUCUCCGUCGGAAUCGGUGAAGUUCUUGAAAGAAUAGCCCUCUGGAAUCUCCCACAAAGCAAUCUUUCCAUCAUCUGA